AUGGGAGACGAAUUCGAAGAAACAACACGUUCUAGCAAGCUUGACAAAAAUGCUGGGGGAAAAUCUAUUGCUGAAAAGAGUACGAGCGGAUCGAAGGUGUCAACUGGACAAAAAGAUGACUCUGGAGCCACCAAGUUCCAGAAGAACAGAAUGAACGCUCGGAAGAAUGUUUUGGAUUUACUUAUGGAACCCUACGGUAAUUUUUCACAGUUCCACGGUUUAUUACCACCCGGUUACUCAUAUCCUACAGAAAAUCCCACCUCAAACUCAGGAAAACAAUUAACCCCGACUACAACUUUUUCCUUAGAAGAGGAUGAGAAGCGUCAUGCAGCUCAAACAAAACGCAGUGUCCGGUUCUCGGACAUUGUUGACCUCGAUGACAGCAAGACUGAGCUUCAAAUGUUUUCGGAUCCAUCUGACGCCCAACCGGAGAAACAGAAGAUUUCAGGACUUGCAACCAAAAGCGACCGUCCUUAUACCGCCCCUGGCUCAAGAAAUGAGGAGACCUUUGAGACAGACAAAUCUUUGUUUGAGGAUCUCUUUGGUGGCAAAGCACAACUGACAGAUAACUUCAGCACACUGGAGACGAAAAACCAAACUUUGCGCACAAACCUUCGUCGCCCGUCUUCCUUGGAUUCCAUUGGCAAACGAUCACUUGCAGAUGAGGGUGAAUUACUACAAGACAAUUUUUGGGAAAAGCGAGCGCUCAGUAAGAUCCAUACAGUGAAUCCUAGAGAAUCGGAUUCCUCGUUAAAACUCACAGCACUGAAGAAUAAAAUCAAGCGACUGGAAAUGGAGUUAUCAAAUUCAGCGACCAUGCUGCAGUUGCUGAACAAACAACAUCAAGAAGAAGUUGCGCUGGUUGAACAAGCUGCAAAAUCAAAAUUGGAUUUACUGGAGGAAAGCGCAAAGCGGCGGGAACAUCGGUUGAAAGAGGAGCUCAGAUUCCUGGAGGAACAGAAUCGAGAGCGGAUGAUUACUCUGGAAUCUCAACGAGAUCAGCUGAUCGCCGAGCUUUCCACAAAACUCAAAGACACGCGUGCACAAGCCACUCAAGAAGCAGCUCAACUCAAAACUUUACACGAACAAGAGCUUAAAACACUCAAAGUCAGUCACGAGGAGGCCAUCGCUCGAAUCCAGAAUGCGCGCCAAAACGAAUUCAAUGUCAUGAAUGAACUGCAGCCAAAUACAGAAAACCUGAAGCACUUGUUGGAGCAGCUAAUCACAACCAUCGCUGAGAUCGGCAAAGGGGAACAAGAGCGAACACGAGAUCUUUCUGCGCGGCAAGAGCAACUGACGAGACGAGAAGAAGCAUUGCGAAAGUUGGAGUCUCGCUUGGGCCAACGUGAGGAGGAGCUGGAGCGUGAACGAAAACAAAUAACUGAAGUGAUGGGAAAACUGGAAUUUCAACUCAAAGAAAACAUCAAGCAAAUGACGGAAGAUCGAUGGGCAAUCAAACAAGAACAUAACCGACUGGCAAAGUUGCAAAUCAUGCUUGAAGAGGAACGCCGAGGACUAGUGGAGCAGGCUGGUCGGGAACGAGCAGAAUUACAGCAGGCAAUUUUCUCGGUGAAUAUCUCACACGAGAAGAACGCGGAGGAACGACGUCAAAUUACUGAAGAAAACCAGAGACUACGGGCAGAUCAGCUCGCUUGGGAAGAACGGCAUCGUGUGGAAGAAACUCGCCUCCGUGCGGAGAAAGAAUCAAUAGAUGCUGCAAAGCAGAAACUGGGAGCAGAACGAAGGCAUUUGGAUGAACAAGUGAACAAACUGCGGAUAGAUGAGGUGAAGCUUGAGGAAACUCGGCGACAGCUGGACAUUGUGCGAUGUGAUCUGGUUCGAGAACAAGAGGAGCUGAAUGAGCGCAACCGUUAUUUAACGGAACAAGCAACGGAAUUAGCUCGUCGAUCUGAUACGGUCAGCAAUUCCGAGAAGGAGCUGACCGAAGCUCAGUUGCGGUUAGAGAGACUAAAACAGGAACAGAACAAAGGAUUGGCAGAAUUACAAGCACGCGAAGAACGUCUGCAUGAAUCUGAACGCAAAAUGAAUAUGGAACGCAAAGAAGUUGUGCGACAACACGCAGAACUCGUUCAACUCCGUCAACAGGCAACCGGAAGGCUUCCUAGCGUUUGUGCCAACUGUCGUGUUCCAGUUCGGGAACACAAUGCCUCCACACAGAAAACAACUUUCGGAAGACGUGAUGUUCGGGAGGACAUUACCCGCACCGAACAACUGAAUACAUCAUUGCUUGGAGAUCCGGCGCUACUCGCACAAUUUCGCGCUUCUCAAAAAGAAGAUGCACAGUUCUUGGAAGCAGAGCAACGAUAUCUACGAAAAAUCAGGCGAGCAACAGCCGAUUUGUCCACACAGUGAAGUGCCAGAAGGUUGUACGAGUUGAAAGUCUGCUUCCAAAAUUCCUAUCCGGUUUGACUUGAAGUCGCUUCUUUUGAAACUAUGAUUUGACUUUUCCAGGCGACUUUACUGAUUGUACUUCCGCACUUGUAUAGAUUUUUUCAGCUGACCCUCUUGUCCGCGAGUGGAAUGUAACCAGUAACUUGUGUCACAGCCUGCAGUUCGAAGUCUUAUAGUGUGGUGUGGUAGGGGUGAUCGGAAUUCGCCGAUUUAGAGACAGACCCCUAGGGAUAAUAAACCGACGUACUUCCAGUAAUGGAGCGUCAGCUAUUUUUGAAUAACUUGUUUCCUC